AUGGUCGUGGAGUUCGACCAAGAAGAAGAUGCAGACUAUGCAAUUAAGAAUAGCAUUGUGUUUAGAGCACAGAUUUUUAACUGCGAAUGUCAAAAGUAUGAACACAUAGAGACUCAUUGCAAAGCCCAGGAAACAUGCGGGUAUUGUGUGGGACUGCAUAGCACUAAGGCGUGUCUAGAGAGAGACAAACCUGGCUCGCAGCCAAUAUGUCCAAACUACUCUAAGAAUCACCUAUCAUGGAGCAUUCAAUGCGAAGACCGGAAAGAGGAACUAGCUAGAAUCGAGGAAAGAAGGAUGAAUAUGCCAUAUACAUAUAAGGAGGCCGCACUUCGACGAGGGAAUUUCACAGGAAAACCCAAACAAUCCAGGGAGACACACCGCGGAGCAAAGGAGAAUAGCCAAGCUACAGGAGUAGCAGCUACUCUUAAUGCUCCAGGAAACCAGAAGAGAGGACGAUCACCUAGGAAGAUUACAAGGAUAGAUGGAAACCAGGGAACAGACCUCUCGAUGAUUAGAAAGAUACUGACAGUCCUACAAUAUAAUGUCAACAAAUCGCGUGAAAGGGUAAUGGCUCCAUUACUGGCCGAUGAGAAUUUCCAGACCACUAUAUAUCACCUGGUUAAAGACCGCUUUGAUCUAGUCUACAAUGAACAACCGAAUACACAAGUCUGCUUCUUCAUCAACAGUCAGUUAAGAGAAGCAUGGACACACACCUAUCAUACGCCAGACCUAGAUACACUACAUCUACAAUUCAAAAAUGGGAAAGAGGCCAGGACAGUUCAUAUCCACAACAUAUACAAUCCAGUUGAAAGUCAAAAUGAGAACCAACCGAGCACGCUACCGGAUCUCUGA